GUUCUCAUAUUCUACCACUACCCUUUGUACCGGGAAUACCCCUUCCUGUGGCCAGGGAAUAAAAUGCCGGCACCAUGGGCUAAUACAACCAAUGUGCACAAACUGUUACAGUUCCUGGAGACCACUCUUGGGGAACGAAGUCGUUAUGGGACUUUUCAUGUUUCUCAAGCAAUUCUCACACCUCAAGUGAAAACUAUUGCACGGCAUCUAAUUCGUGGUCUGAAGAACACGCUUGUUCAUAGGAACCUGCCCAUGAUUUUGAACUGGGUGAAAGCACAGAAGCCAGGUGUUAUGGGUGUUAACAUAAUUACAUCAGACUUUGUGGAGCUGGUUGACUUUGCUGCUACAGUUAUUGCAUUAAACGACCUCCUUUUAGAAGAGGAUGAAUCUGCAACUAAAUCUUGA